AGCUCCUUUGAGGUUCAGCAGGGCUGCAGGAGUACUCUCGCAUUCUCAGAGAAAUCUUAUUCUAUCUACCUUAUUAACCAUACAGCCCGCCUUUUGCAUCCUCAUCGGCCCUUGCCAGUCACUCUCUCUUCCACUACCGCAAUGUCCAAUAUCGCUGCCAACAGGAACAGCACCCCCGAGGGGUCCAGCUCGCUGCGUCCACCCAACUCCCGCGCCAUCGGCUCGGGCCAUCACCUGCGAGCCUCCGCUGAUAUGGGUGGUUUCUCCUCUCCGCUCUCCAACCGUGGCAUCCGCCCGGCUUCCGAGGUCUAUUUUGGACGCAACAGCACAAACUCGGGAAACCCAGACGAGAUGGAGAGAGCCGCUCAGCAGUGGCUUUCCGAUAUCGACCAGUAUGAGAACACUCUCGAGGAGAUGGCUACGGCUACACUCGAUCAAGACUUCAAGGAUGAGCUGAGCGCCAUUGAACAGUGGUUUCGUGUCCUGAGUGAGGCCGAACGCACUGCCGCUCUGUAUGCGCUGCUCCAGCAGACCACUCAGGUCCAGAUUAGGUUCUUCAUUCAGGUGCUUCAGCAGAUGUCCAAGAGUCUCCCCAUGUCCAGCGUGCUCAGCCCUGCCAACUUUGGAGAAAAGGACCCAAUGACCCAGAAGCUGAGCGAUGCCAUGAGCAAACUGGGUACCCCCGAGAACCGUCACUCUAUGGGUCCUACUGGCCGCCCCCCACCAUCCCCCGGUGCAAAGCGCAACUCGGGUCUAGACUCAAGUACCAUCAGUCGCAUGUUCCCUGAUGCGGCCGCUGCCAUUGCCAAGCAAAAGGCCGAGUUUACAGACAUUACUGGUCUUGCCCCGGCAUCUACUCGCAACAGCAUCGUGGGUGAUCGUAGCUCCUUGGCUGCGCCUACAAUUUCUGGCCCGGAUGAGAAGAAGGACAACACGGUCCCUGCUUCUCCAUGGGGUGAUGGCGCUCAGUCUGCCACCCGCCCCAAGUCUUCUGGCCAACACCAGCCCAUGGGACAGUUUUCUCAACCUCCAGCUUCCGCUGGACUUCGCUCUCCACGCUUACCCCUCUCUGCGGAUAGCUCAAACGUGCAGACCACGACUCUGAAUGCGCCAGGUCAGGAUGCUGGCAGCAUGCCUAUGCUCUCCCCGUCCUAUGCUCCCGGUGGAAGUUGGGCUUCUCAACUCAGCACUCCCAUGGUGACCAACUUCCAACAGAAUCAGACGCAGGCCGACAUGGUCGCAAACGCGACCGCGAUGAAGCUGGCUGCUCUUUCGACCGUCAACAACCGGAUCCAGCUUGACGAUGUGCGCAAAUACCGCCGUGCUAGGUCCAGCGAGGGGCAGGGUGCUGGAAAUGCCCCUCUUUCUCCUGGCCUGCCACCUGGUAUUGGAAACAACAACUUUGUCAUGACCAACGAACUAGGCCAACUGCUAACCCCGCAACAAGCUGCCGCCCUCCAGGCGCAACAGCUUGCAGCUAUGCAAGGCCAUCGCUCCCGCCCCAACUCUCCCGGUAUUGCUAUGCAAGGUCAAAACAUUGGUGGCAUGAGCUUUGCUUCUCCGCAGAACAACGGCUUCUUGACUGCUGAUUACGGUACAUCGCCCCUUGUCAGCAACAAUCUCAAUGCCUUGAACAUGGGUCAGUUCGGCCUCGGUGGAAUGGGAAGCGACGGCGGGCUUGGAUACAGUGCCGACGAGAUGAACCGUGGCAGGUCGCCUCGAGGUCGCCGCGGUAGCUCAAAGCCCCCAGAGGAUCCUACCGACCCUGGGCUUCUCAGCGAUAUCCCAAGCUGGCUUAGGAGUCUCCGUCUCCACAAGUACACCGAUAAUCUCAAGGACCUGAAGUGGCAAGAGCUGGUCGAGCUUGAUGAUGAAGGUCUAGAAAAGCGAGGUGUAAAUGCGCUGGGAGCUCGCAGGAAGAUGUUGAAGGUUUUCGAGCAAGUGAAAGAAGCGAAGGAUCAUGGCAAGCUCCGAUAGACGAGUUAGAUGUAAUUGCGGAUUGCUUUGACGCAGUCGAAAUUGUUCACGCGUAUAGAUUUACGAUAUAAGGAUAACGUGUUGGGAACGCUAGCCGGUCACCGAUAUCUAUUCCUCUACGAGCCCGAUAUACGACCUCCCAGAAGAAAUGAAAUGGCAUAGUUCUUCUUCCUUUGUCUGGACGCGUUGUGUGGGCAGGGGUCCCAGUAUACACUGAUAUAUACCAUUGGCAUAAGGUGUUUGUGGUUUUCUCUGUUUGAUUUUACCUAAAAGAUUUUGUUUGUUGCCCAUGCAUGUGGAGGAGAGGGCCGCAGCGUAGAUAAUAGGAGAUGUUCUUUUUUCCCCCCUGUUCUUGUUUUGAUAUUCUUGGUCAUCUACUUCCUUCCAUUUCUACGUUCGUUCUCGUCACACUUUCCCCUCGAUCUCCCCCGUCCACCUAGCAGUCGGUCCCUCUCACGUGUC